CUCAUCUCUGUCUUCUUCGCCCGUCGCAAAAAAUAACGCACCAUCAUGGUGGGGUGCCAGCUGGCUGGCAACACAAACAACAAUAGAUUCGCACCACCUCCACUGCAAGCAGCACCAGCCGCGUGGAACGAAACACACGACCUCGGCCACCACCACCACCCCUUGGUGUGCUUCCAGAAUAGCCACACCAACCACCACAGCUACAACUACAACAAUGCGUCUCAACAUGGCUUGCAUUUGUCAAAUACAGCUGAUCCCUUCCGUCCCCAGCCAUCACCCUGGAGCUCCGUGCCAUCCCUGAUCCUCGACGCGCUCUUCAACCUCGUGUUCUCCGAAACAAAGCCGCCACCUUUCGUUUCCUCGCCACCACCGCCCCUCUCAUCAGCAGCAACGUCGUUUUCAGCAUCACUCCCUGCAUCACCGACUGCCACAGACUCUCACACCGCAUCGGCAACAGCACAGGCAACCAUGGGCUGGCUCGGCUGCAACACCCCGGCGCUGACGAUCGCCUUUGCUCUUGGCGCGGCCACCUGCGCCUUCAUCGCCAUCCUCUCCGUGGUGCUCCCCGACUGGUACAAGAGCAUGCGGGACGCAUAUCGGCGACGCAAGGAGCGACGAGAGCAGGAAGCAGCGGGCAUCACCACCACCAACAACAACAACAACAACAACAACAACGCCAACAGCAACAACAUCAGGUCAGGCCAACAACCACCAACGGCAACCACCACCGCAGGCUUGGUUGCUGCGGCAACACGGCCAGAGCUGCUUCAAGCGCCAAGCCAGCCGCACACUGCCCGUGGCAGCAUCAUGCUGGUCGGUGCUGGUCCCGGCAGCGUGAAUCUGCUCACGAUUGCGGCCAUGCGUGCCAUCAAGGAGGCGGACGUCGUGGUAUGCGACCGCCUGGUGCCAGACGCCAUCCGCAGGCUUGCACGUGGGCAGGUGGUGGUCACCACCAAGCGACACGGCACCGCCGACGCCGGCCAGGAAGCCAUCUAUGCUGCCUGCCUCCGUGCGCUGGCGCAAGGCAAGCGCGUUGUUCGGCUGAAGGGCGGUGAUCCGUUUGUGUUUGGGCGCGGCGCAGAGGAGGUGCUGCGCUUCCGCCAGCACGGUUAUGAACCCAUUGUGAUCCCCGGCAUCUCCAGCUGCACGGCUGCGCCGUUGCUGUCGGGCGUGCCACUCACCACGCGUGGCGUUGCUGAUCGUUUCCUCGUCUGCACCGCACACGGCCAACAGGACUCAGAUCCCCGCUACCCGAUGUUUGAUCCAGCCUGCACGUUUGUGUUUCUCAUGGGCGUGCGCCGCGUGGAGCAGCUGACGAAGCGCCUCAUUGCUUUCCACAAGUUCCCGCCAUCAACACCAGCGUGCAUCGUGCAGGAGGCAAGCAUGCGAACGCAGUGCCAGCUCAGCACCACCUUGGAGCUGCUGCCUUGCCUGGCAAAGGCCAACAACAUCUCUGCGCCCGCCACCAUUGUCAUUGGCAAUGCUGUCACAACGCUUAUGAGCACCGCAUGAGGGAGUGGCGCUGAUGUUGUACUGCUGCUGUUGCUACUGUUGCUACAUGUCACUGCGGCUGGUGCUUGCACCGGUUGUUUUUGUUCCUGGUCACCCGCCUCAUGCGACAUAUUUGUCAUGCUACUUCUUCCGUUGCAUCUUUUAAAUUGUGUCAUUUCAUGUCACAUCACAUCACUCUCACUCUUUCAUUGUUACGCUUCUGUUUCGUUACAACUUGCCUCCCUCUGCCCCUGCGGCUGCAUCUGCUUGUGCUACAUUGUUACAUUGCUGCUGCUGCUUCCAUCUGUGUAUCAGCCCACACGAUAUAAUAGCUCGCCCAACAACAACAUGUUGGCACGAGACAACAGGCUCGUACACUCACACACACACACAUAAGACAAAGGAAGAAAGCAAAGCAAACACCAG